AAGUCAAACAUGCAUGCAUGAUCUAUCUAAGCCGGUCGCAGUUUGGAUGGCAGCAGGGAGAAUUUUCUAAUAACCACAAUUUAGCCAUUUAUUCAAAAUUCGCCGCUUCGACGCUCAGGAUUUAAGAGCAACGCAGCUACAUAAGCCAGAGAAAUGAGUGAACGAAAGCACAUCCUGGUAAUCUGUUUCCCGGCUUUCGGCCACUACCUCCCUAUGCUGGAGUUCGCCAAAAAGGCCGUCCAACACCAUGACGUGACGAUCACUUAUUCCCAAGAGCGGAUACCCGACCUACAGCGGCGCAACGUCCUCCCACCUGCCCCCAUCCAACUGCUCCCGCUGGAAGACCACAUGCACAUGGCCCUGGAUGACGGCAUCAGCGAUCUAAAGGAGCUCGCCAAGAUGAUGAAAUCCACUGAGAUCUUCUAUCCGGAUUUCUGCCGAAAUCUACCGCAUGGGUGCAACCGCCCCGUGGACGCCGUGGUCUGCGACAAUACGUUUUACUGCGCGUUCCGCUCCCUUCAAGAGAACCAAUCCCUAAAAGCGUACUACAGCUUCAGUUGCUUUCCUAUUACGCUGAUGGUCCAACGGUCGAUGAUUACCGAAGAGCUGGUCACGGUGCCGGAUGAAGAGUUCUUCAAAGCCAAAGGUCAAAUGGCUGGAGUCCCUGAGUCUAUUAAGACCCUCGCGAUGAAUAUGAAUGAAAGCAUGAAGUACCAGAGUGAGAUCAUUAGUUCAUCAUUCGAAGAGUUGGAACCCCGGGCGGCCGUUUUGCUCAAGGUGAUGAUGAAGAGCCUGAACGUCAGAUUCGUCGGCCCGCUGCUGCCGUUGGAGGAGGACCACCCCGAUGCGUCGGUAAAGAAAUGGAUGGACGGUAAGGAAGACCGGUCGGUUGUGUAUUUUUCUUUCGGAACCGUUGCCACCGUCUCGGCCGAACAGAUCGCCGUGAUCGCGGAUGCUUUAUUAUCGCUCCAGCGGCCGUUCAUCUGGUCACUGCGCCCAGCCCAACAAGAGCUGCUGUCCGCCGACAUUCAGCGGACUACCGAUAAUUACCUUAUUCUGCCGUGGGUGCCGCAAAAGCAAGUACUGGCGCAUAAGGCCACCGCGAUUUUUGUAAGUCACUGCGGGUGGAACAGCACACUGGAGUCCCUGUCCAAUGGGAUCCCCAUCGUGGCCUGGCCGGGAUUCGGUGACCAGAUCGCCAAUGCCGGUUUGGUGGAGCGCCUGGAUGCGGGUAUGCUUGUUAAAGCAGGAGGGAAAGAAGAGAUUAUCCCGGCCAAGGAUAUUGUGGCGACCAUCGAAAACGUUGCCGGAUGGAACGGGAAUACGGACCGAUGCGUGCAGGUGGCGCGCGAUCUCGGAAAUAAGGCUAUGGCUGCUAUUGCCGCUGAUGGGAAAUCGACUAAAAAUUUGAAAGAAAUAUUGAAAGAAAUUAAUUAAUAAAUGCGCGUGGUCGUUGAGUACUUGUAUCCAUAUUUCGUGCUGCUAAUUGUUCGCGGUUGUCGCGUGGAACGGGUGGAAUAUUAUUCAUCACAGUGUUUAAUGUUUAUUACUCGUAUAAUCUUGCAUGUUAAAGUUGAGCUAUUAGCUGCAAAUUUUAAUUCAUGAGAAACCUCCGAUAAAUAAUUCUUUUUUUUGUUGAAUCGUUAUACUGUAGAAGAAAACCGUUGCACUGAG